AUGGGGCCGUGGGCACAGGGCAUUCUGCUGGUGGUGCUGCAGCUGUUACCAGGGGCCUAUGAGGAUGUGUUGCCUUCAGUGUGUGGCCUCCCCCGGUAUGCUGGCAAGAUUGUGGGUGGCCAAAAUGCCCAGGAAGGACAGUGGCCUUGGCAGGUCAGCUUGUGGAAGACCACAGAGGGCCACAUAUGUGGAGGCUCCCUCAUCCAUCCAAGCUGGGUGCUCUCAGCUGCCCACUGCUUCCUCAGGUCUCGGAACCCCAGGCUGUACCGCGUGAAGGUUGGAGGGCUCACGCUGUCCCCUCUGGAACCCCAGUCAACCUUUGUGGCUGUGCGGAGGCUCUUUAUGCACCCCAACUACCUCAGUCAGGACAGGUCCCCUGGAGACAUCGCCCUGUUGCAGCUGGACACCCCCCUGCAGCCCUCACAGUUCACCCCCGUCUGCCUCCCGGCAGCCCACGCCCUUCUUACCCCUGGGACCCUCUGCUGGGUAACAGGCUGGGGAUCCACCCAGGAGAGAGUCGUGACGAGUGUCCUUCAGGAAGUCGCUGUGCCCCUCUUGGACUCAGAUGUGUGCGACUUUAUGUACCAUUUGGAGGAGCCCAGCCUGGCCGGGGAGCGUCUCAUCCAGCGUGACAUGCUCUGUGCCGGCUUUGCCCAGGGCAAGAAAGACUCCUGCCAGGGUGACUCUGGGGGGCCGCUGGUCUGUCCCAUGAACAACUCCUGGGUCCAGGUCGGGAUUGUGAGCUGGGGGUUUGGCUGUGCUCGGCCAUACCGGCCUGGGGUCUACACAAGAGUGCCAACCUACGUGGACUGGAUCCAGGGAACCCUAGCCAGGCACCCCUCAGGGUGCCACGCAGGAGCUCCUGGGUCUCUUCCGGCACUACUGCUUGCGCUGUUGAUCUUAGCCCUGACAGGAACCUUGUAA